CUAUGAGCAGCGCCCUCCUGCCGGCGACAGCUAGUCCAGUUCCCUCCUCUGGCAGCGACGCACUGUCUGCAGAGAACACCACCCCACAGCGACGCACCGUCUGCGCAGAACGCAACUCGACAGGAUGUGGUGGGUGUUUACACUGAGCUGUUUGAUGGUGGUGGUGGCGAGUGCACGGGGGCAGUGCCUGACUGCAGAUGAUGCGGCGGUGGGUGCGGGCCGCGAGGACCGGCGCGAGCUGUCGGCAGGCCAGCAGGCGUUCAGUGUGGCACUGCUGCAGCAGUUAGCUGCCACACUGCCUGCCUCCAACCUCUUCUUCUCGCCCUACAGCACGCACCAGGCACUGCUGCUUGCAUACUUCGGUGCUGCCAACCAGACCGACGCCGCACUCCGACGUGCUCUCCGUGUCCCCCAACAGCAGAGUAAAGCAGCAACAUGGCAGGCCUACAGACUAGAGAAGUUCCUUCGCAAUUUCAACACUUCGGAUGGCCAUCUCUUCACCAGCUCAAACAGGGUAUACAUCUCCAACAAGCUGAAGAUGCGGCCGUGCCUUGCAGAGAAAUUUGACACUGAACUUGCAUCCAUUGACUAUGAAACCAAUGUGGAGGCGGCACAAAAAGCCAUCAAUGCUUGGGUUUCUGAACAAACACAUGGACAGAUAAACAACCUCAUACAAGGUCUUUCUCCAGCUUCUACUGUUACACUGGUGAAUGCUGCAUAUUUCAAAGGAAAAUGGCAGUCACAAUUCCAGCCUGAAAACACCCACAAAGAAGUCUUUCAUAUCUCACAUUCAAAACAGGCUUUGGUUGAGAUGAUGAAACAAAAAGGAACAUUUAACUACAUGAUUUCUGAAAGGCUAGGAGCCCAUGUGCUGGAACUGCCAUACGAAGGAGAGGAUAUUAGUAUGUUCAUUCUCCUGCCACCAUUUCUAAAGAGCAAUGGUGUGGAUGCAAUAAUUAAGCAGCUGGAUGUGGACAGCCUGAGGGAAAUCACAGAACAAGAUGCCAUGUACCCACAGACUGUGGAAGUUGAAAUACCAAAAUUCACUGUGGAAAGCCGAAUUGAAAUGCAGCAGGUUUUUAAAGCCCUUGGAGCAGGUGAUGCUUUUGAGAAAACUGCUGAUUAUUCAGGGUUUACAGGUAAACCUGAAGUGUUCUUUAAUAGUGCCAUACACCAAGCAAAGAUAGAAGUGAAUGAAGAAGGAACGGAAGCUGCUGCUGCAACAGCCAUAUUCCUCUUCCGUUCAGCAAGGCCUCUUAACCCAACAAAAUUCGUGUGCAACCAUCCUUUUGUGUACUUCUUGUUUGACCGUAUGUCACAAGCUGUUCUGUUUAUGGGUGUAUAUAGGUCACCAAAAAAUUAAAAGACUGAUUCAGCAAU